AAAAAUACCGUUUCGAAUCAUAGCAAACUAAAUGCAAUACAAAGCAUUUUGUAUGUAUGUCGAUAAAAUCUGCACUUAAUAGUCUGAAUAUCAUCACAUUUUGGAAGAAAAAAAUUCAUUGUUAACCAUUCACCAUGGAAAAUAACAAGAAAGGUGAUGUUCAAAAUGCUGUUAAUUCCAUCGGUUGUGUGAUGUGCGCAACAAAUUUCACAUGGCAAGAUGACCAAAACACAAUCGUGACAAGAUGCGGCCAUCUGUAUCAUAAAGAAUGCCUCGAAAAGUGGUUCGAUUCGAUGGAUUCUCUCAAUCCAAUUGGUGUUUACACUUGUCCGGAUUGCCGAUCGGUUAUUGGUGAUGCUGACAUAAAGCCGGUCUAUAUGCACUACACGUCGUCGGAUGACAUUCAAUCGCACUUGGUGGAAAUGAAGCGUCAAAAAGAAGAAAGUCAACAACUCAAGAGCCUACUAACGCAAUGUACAAUUGAAUUGAAAAAGAUUCAACAAGAAUUGACAUCGGAAAAGGCCAAAUAUAAACGUUUGACAACCAAACAUCGUGCACUUGAAAAAAAAUUCGAAGUCGCAAAACAAAAAUCAUGUCCACGGUGUACAUCAUCGAGUUCAUCUGGUCAAUUGAAAAUUACAACCACAAAGAAAUCAUCGAAAGUUACAACACUCCAGGUUGCUUCAGUUGGUACACAAAAACACACGAAGAUAUUACGAAGCCGCGAAUACACCUACUCAAUUUAAGGAAAGUUUGGCGUUUAUUUAAACCCACCAAAAUUGUGAUUGUUCCUAGUGAAAGGGGAAAAAACAUGUUGAAGUCUAAUCGAAGUAGUCAACUAUCAAAAUCACAAUCGAUUCUCAAAAUUUAACUAUCGUUUCCAAAAUCUCAUUAAGUUGAAUGAUGAACAUCAGACCACUUUGAUUUAGAUUUAAUAUAUAUUAUAUACAGCGACCAUUAGUUGUAAGCAUUACCAAAUAAUUUGUAUUUCCGAACUAUGAAAAGCAUUCCGUUUCAAAUGAGCAUCAAUUUUUUUUUUUUUGAAUGAAUCCAAACAAAAUACAUAUUAUCAUAUUUACAAAAUGCAUACUCUGCAAAAUGAUGUUCUCUUCGUUCAGGAAUCAAUGAAGAAUGCAAUAUUUAUACAAACCGAAGAAAAUAAUGUCAACAAAUAUGAAACA